AUGCCGUUGUCCAGCUGCCUAAAGUCUAUUGAGAAAGAGUGUGCCGAGCGGCGAAAGGUGCGUAAAUGGACGAAAGUGGCGCAGGAGGCGUCGCCGUCAUCUAGGCCCGCAGAAGAGAGUGUGGAUGUUGAAAUGGUGCCUGCCAGUGAGGUGGUGCCGGGGGACCCGGAGGAGGAGAGCAUAUAUCAUGCGCGGGAACUGAUGCUCCCCCGUCUGCUUGGUACUGUGGAGAACCAGCUUGGUAUCCGCAAGUGGUUCGAGUCUCAAGGCCACGAGUACAUCGUUUUGGACUCAAAAGAGGGCGCUGACAGCGACUUCCAGAAGCACAUCGUUGAUGCUGAGAUCUUGAUCACGACUCCAUUCCACCCCGGGUACCUCACUGGUGACUUGAUCGCGAAGGCCAAGAAGCUCAAGCUCUGUGUCACCGCUGGUGUUGGCCCUGACCACAUUAACCUCAACGCCACUGUCAAAAAUGGUAUUCAGGUACUGGAGGUCUCAGGAUCCAAUGUCGUCUCCGUCGCCGAGCAUGUCGUGAUGUCUAUCCUCCUCCUCAGGAACUUUGUUCCAGCACACGAGAUGAUCGAGUGUGGAGACUGGAUGGUUUCCACCGUUGCUUGCAAUGCCUUCGAUCUCGAGGGCAAGGUCGUUGGCACCAUUGGUGCUGGUCGUAUUGGCUACCGUGCCCUCCAGCGUCUGAUGCCCUUCGACUGCAAGGAGCUCCUCUACUACGACUACGCUUCCUUUCCUGAAGCUGCUGCUAAGGCCGUCAACGCUCGUCCUGUCGAGGACCUCAAGGACUUUGUCUCGCAGUGCGAUGGUACACUAGGCCUCGUCAACGUUGAGCCUCUCAAACACUUCAAGAAAGGUGCAUGGCUCGUUAACAUCGCUCGCGGUGCUAUCUGUGACAAGGACGCCGUAGCUGCUGCCCUUACAAGUGGUCACCUGGACGGUUAUGCUGGUGAUGUUUGGAACGUCCAGCCCGCACCCAAGGACCACGUCUUGCGCACGGGUAAGAACACCCUCGGCGGCGGUAACGGCAUGGUACCUCAUUACUCUAGCACCACCCUCGAUGCUCAGGCUCGUUAUACAAGCGGCACCAAGAACAUCAUCGAGAACUACCUCUCUGGCAAGGCUCAGGAGCCUCAAAACAUCAUUGUCGGUAUUGGCAAGCACGAGACCAAGUCUUACGGUCAGCGUUGA